AUGUACGACGAUGACUACGAACCGAUGGAGUCUCGUAGGCUCAGCUACAUCACAUCACCGUCCAGCGAGUCCAUCACGACCGUACAAAGACAGGAUGCCGGCUUGGAACCUUCGCUGUCGCCUUCGAGAGCGACACACCGGUCACCUACCGAAGGGCAUUUCAAGCAAACGAAUGGAACCCUGCGACCACCUCUCGUCGGCCAACGGUCUUUCGAUCGAGAGAGCGAAACAGGGUCACCCGAUUCGCCAAGGUCUCCCUCCGAAACCGCGACUGCUUCUUUCCCAUUGAACGAUAUUGAAUACGAAUCGAAUCCUGCCGCCGUAGUUCAGGAACUGAACAAUCUGGCUGCUAUUCGACGAAUGUCUAUGGACGCCGCGCUGGCAGGUGAUCCCGAUCUCCCUUCUUUCGGCGGCAAUCUUGCAAUUCCAUCACUACCUCCGUCACCGUCCGCCGAUGAAAAUGAUGCGUCAAGACUGUUUUGGGUCCCGGCUAGCCUGCACCCAGAGCUUGCGCCAAAGGAAUUCAGGAGCUUUCUGGAAAGCAAGGCGGAUAUCAUUAAGCGCAAGUCAGGCGAAUUCUCGUCGUCGCUCUCGGCCCAAGGCCAUGGAUCCGAUGGUGGUCUUCGCCGGAAAAAGUCUAUGUUAUCCAGACAGAUCCAGGAUUCACACGGAUACAGGGACGGCGCAGAACGAUUGGAACGACAACGCUCGCAGUCCAGUCGGCGGGGAGCUAUGUUAAGUCCGAAUCUGCAGGAAUUGGAGACUCUGGUUGACGAGACAAGUGACGACAGGGAUCCGUUGGUGCGAGGGCUUCAGAACAUGAGCAUUGCAGCCGACGAGGACCAGCCAAUACUACCCCCCGCGCCACCGGGCCACAGUCUGCGGCGAUCCACAAGGACCCAAUAUAAAAAGGCGAGCCUGAAGAAAGGCGAAAAAGUCCCUUAUUCAAAGAGAGUCGGAAGAGCGCUCUCGGAGUCGGCACAGACGGGAUCUCCCUCGCCCACUUCACCGUUGAACGAACAAGCCGACCAGGGAGUGGCUCGGGCAUCUACCGACCCGGCAUCUGCCGCAGAGCGAGCAAUGCGAUCGCCGUCGAUUUCAUCUCACGGCCCAGCUGCUGCACCAGGCUCGCCCAUCAGCUCCACCUUUGAUUUGGCAACGGGUAGCCCAGAGAUCGAGCAGUAUGAUGCAUCUUUCAGUCGCUCCGACUCAAUUGCAAGCGACCCGGGGCCUCAAUCCCGAGAAAGGCAUUCCAAUGUCAGACCCAAUGGCCGUUCGACCUUGGUCACCCCUUCGCCCGAAAAGAAUAUCCCCGCAAUCAUCGAGACUCCUCCGCCUGAAAGCAGUCCAACACCGCGGAGUCCCGUCGUGCAGCCGCCCCUAUCACCAGAUCGGGACACCUUUUCUCUUCCUUCCGGCAAAACAUCCCCUGUGCUUGAUUCUCCACCUGCCAAGCGGCCUCCAUUGAAUCGGCAAUCGGGUAAAGAUUCAAGCUAUAGCCUUGAUGAGCUCGCCAAUCAACCGCAGAUGGUACCCGGUAAUAGCACAAGAACGGACAGUCUUUCAUUCAUUCCCACAGCGCCAGAAGACCGAAAAUCCGAAGACCGCAAGUCGGAAGGCAAGAAAUCCAAGAAAGAUUCGGAGGGCCGAAAAUCCAGCUGGCACUGGUUGAGAGGCAGCGAGGAGAAGGAGAAGAAGAAGGAAAAGGAGAGUGAAGCCAAGAAAAACAGGUCAAAGUCUAACGAGAAGCCUCACGUCACUGUGCGGGUCGAGGUCCCAGCGGCCUCGGAAAGCAUUCCCAAAGGCAGGGAAAGUCUUGUUCUAGAUCGCCUCGACCCAAAGCUGGAGGAAGAGCGGCGAAAAGACGGUGUUCGUCGUACAUCCGGUGACUCCAAGAAAGAAAAGGAUGGUAUUUUCUCGUCAAUUUUUGGCGGUGGACGCAAGAAGCACAGUGGAGAGAGCCACCACCGCAAGAACUCAUCCCGGGGCCUCUCCCCAGAGCCUCCCGUUCGUCAAUUGCGACCUGAUAUCGACUACCCUUGGACUCGUUUCACGAUGCUGGAGGAGCGUGCAAUCUACCGGAUGGCCCACAUUAAACUUGCUAAUCCUCGUCGCGCCCUCUACUCGCAAGUCUUGCUGAGCAACUUCAUGUACUCGUAUUUGGAGAAAGUGCAGCAAAUGCAUCCCCACAUGGUCGCGUCAUCAAGCUCCCAGCAAAAGUCGUCAUCAAAGUCACGGGAUCAGCCUGACGAGUACCAGCAGUAUCAACGAUACCAGGAGCAGCAGCAGCAACAGCAACAGCAACAACUCCAGCAACAACAGUACCAGCAGCAGCAGCAAUACGGGGACUCUGGAUAUGGAGAUUCCAUGUACGACUACGAGGAUGAUCAACAAGACCAUUAUCAAUCCAAUGGAAGGUCUGGACAGCAUGGCUACGAUAAUAGCCACCACUACACCUCAAACUCUUACGGCUAUGGCCACUCGUCUUUUGGAGAUGAUUGUCAGCUCGAUGACGAUGACGAAGAUGAUAUGUGGGGGACAGGGGCGGGGACUGGGAUGGGAACCAGGCACUAA